AUGUAUUCUUCUCCCUCAUUUUCCAAAACUUACAGAUUUCGCUUCUUCGAUUUGCCGAAAACAUCCGAAAUGGCCUAUAACAUGAACAGUGCUGCAGCAGCAUUCGCAUAUGCUCAUAUUCCGUGCCAGUCAUCAACUACUGCUUCACAACCGUUCACAUACAGUAUGAGUACGAUACCAUCGAUGACAAUGUUUCAAUCAACCGGUUAUAAUGCAGCUAUGAUACCGAGGAAAAAUCGUAGAGAGCGAACAACUUUCAACCGUCAACAACUAGAGGUUCUUGAGACUUUGUUUGAAGCUACACAAUAUCCGGACGUUUUCACGCGAGAAAAAGUUGCGGAACAAAUCCAACUACAAGAGAGUCGUAUCCAGGUUUGGUUCAAAAAUAGACGUGCAAAGUACCGACAGCAGGAAAAACAGAAGCCGAAGGCUGAAAAAAAAGAUGUGGCAGCUUCUGCUUCAUCAUCUGCAACAAAUGAGGAAGCGGCAUUCGUACCACAAAAUAGCGAACCGGAAUCAGGUUCACCUCAUAAGCCCACUACUCCGGAAGAAAAGAGAGAAAGUCCACAGACUCCUACGAAUGGAAGUACAGGCACAGGAGAUUCGUCAUGGACCAGCGACUCCUCGUCAACGAUCCAGGGUUUGACGCCGACAGCUAAUGUUCCCCUUUCUGUUUCACUUAACAGUCCUACUGUUUACAACACCUACCCUAUUUAUCCUACAUCUUAUUAUCCAUUGGAUUCAAGCAGUUAUUCACCUUACUCCUAUCCAUCGUCCUACUCACAUCAGUAUCCUUCAAAUCCAUACUUUUUCGCUAGCACUAAUGGAUCAUUGUGA